UUAUGCUUUGAUUACUUAUAUUCUUGUUGUUACCGUGUUGCAUUUUGAAAUUGACUCAUAAAUUGAACGAUCACCAGUUCUGUUUGAUAAUGAGAAGUUUACUGUGAUUUGAUUUAUGUGUUGCUGAUAAUGAUUUCUAGUAGUUGUUAGUGAUGUUUAUAAGUUAAUUUGCAGAGUUUGUUUCUCAUGUGAUAAUAUAGAAGAAAAUAGGAUUCGUAUAGCCGAUCCUAACUACUACCUCUGUUUCAAUUUGUGUGUCUAAGUUUUGAGUUGGCACGGAGUUUAAGAAAGUAAAGAAUACUUUUGAAUCUUGUCGUCUUAAACUAAAGAUAUGUAGAAUGUACCAAAAUAUCCUUUAAUCUUGUGGUCUUAAACAUGCCAUGUGGAAAGUUGGCAUUAAAGAGUUGCCAAAAAAGGGAAGAGACAUUCUUUUAGAAAACGGACUAAAAAGGAAAGUAAGUUCAUUUGCAGAGUUUGUCUCUCAUGUGUUAAUACAGAGGAACAUAGGAUUCAUAUAGUCGAUCCCAACUAAUUAGGAUUGAUCGGAUAGACUAUCUAUUGGUCGAUUGUUAUGGAAAGCUUCAACUUGGAUUUGUCAUAGUUCUUGUGAUUUUUCCAAGUUUAUAUGUUUGUUAUGUGAUACAAGCAAUAUAGGAUUGAUAAAGGUGAUUCCAAUUAUCUUGGGAUACAAAUUAAUUUUUACUUAUUGUUUAGCUCGUUAUUUUUCUGAUUGACACUUUGAUUUGUUACAUUCAUGUUGUUACAGUGUCAAUGCACGAUAUGUUGCAUUUUGAAAAUGACUCCUCAAUUGAACGAUCACCAGUUCUAUUUGAUUAUCAGAAAUUUACUUUACUCUGGAUUUAUGAAGAAUUAACUUAAAUAGUCGUUCACCCAACCGUUUAAACUAAAAAUAGCUAGUGGAGUAUUUUAUAUAUAUAUAUGUAUGUAUGUAUAUAUAUGUAUGUAUGUAUAUAUAAUCAUGGAUAAUCUAUGUAUACCAGCUAUAAAAAAUAAACAAUAAAUUUGACUGGUUAUUUACGUAAGGAUCCCGAUUAUAAUGAUUAGCUGCAACUAAGAUUUCUAGUAGUUGUUGUGAUGUUUACAAUUUAAUUUGUUGAGUCUGUUUCUCAUGUGAUACAGAGGAACAUAGGAUUCAUAUAGCCGACCCCAAUUAAUUAGGAUUGAGCCAAUAGACUCUCUAUGGGUUGAUUUCUCAGGUGGUCACUUAACUAAUAGUUAUUAUCUCAAAAAGUCACUUUCUUUGUUGAAGAAAAUUGGAAUCAAGAAGAAAUGUGACUUUCUGAGAUAAUAACUACUCCCCCGUUCCAAUUUAAGCGUCUUAGUGUAACUAGGCACGGAGUUUAAGAAACAACGGGAGACUUUUGAAUCUUGUAGUCUUAAAUUAAUUAUGUGUGUAGUUCUUUAAAUCUUGUGGUCGUAAACUUGUCAUGUAGAAUAUUGGAACUGGAAAACUUAGUAAAUAUAGAAAGAGACACUCUUUUUGGGACAGACCAAAAGGAAAGUAAGAUACUUAAAUUGGGACGGAGGGAGUAUUAGUUAGUGACCAUAUGAGAAUCAACCCGAUUAUCUAUGGGUUGAUUGGUAGUGAAAGGCUUCUACUUGGAUUUGUCAUAGGUCUCGUGAUUUUUGCAUGUUAAUUAGCAGCAUUUAUGUGUUUCUCAUGUGAUACAAGGAAUAUAGGAUUGAUAUAGUUGAUCCCAACUAUGUUGUGAUUGAUUACCGAUUAAAAAAAAAAAAAAAAAAAAAAACAAAAACUAUUUUUGAUUGAGGCGUAUAAUAUUGAUUGAUUGAUUUGUUUGUCAUCUGAUAAUGGCUUACGAAGUGGUUACGGUGUAGUAAUCAACUUUUAGCAUUACAAACCAAUUCUCUGAAAUAUUUCUCUUGGAAGAAGAAUUACAAUAAGGACCACAAGUCUAAGCAUUUGAAGCCGAUUGCAUAAGCUCUCGUAUUUUCAUUAUCAAAUACUUGUUACAUGGAUGAACUUGGGCCAUGUGCAUUAUUUAAACUUACAAUAUAGCUUGGUAUCUUUGCCUCUAGCUCCCUCUUUUUGCUUAUGUGUCUCUCGAGGGCAAACAGGAUUCAAUUUUUUUCUGGCUGCUUAUACUUUUGUGAGCAUCUCGUUGUCAGUAAGACAGUUUCUUGACUGAAGCUUAUCUUUCUUUGUUUCUCAUUGCAGGAAAAUUAAGGAACCAUGGGGAUCAUAGAAAAGAUUAAAGAAAUAGAAACUGAGAUGGCUCGUACACAGAAGAAUAAAGCAACUGAGUAUCAUCUUGGUCAGCUGAAGGCUAAGAUAGCAAAGCUGAGGACACAACUGCUGGAGCCACCUAAAGGUUCUAGUGGAGCUGGAGAGGGUUUUGAAGUCACAAAGUAUGGCCAUGGACGUGUUGCACUAAUAGGAUUCCCUAGUGUUGGAAAGUCAACACUCCUAACAAUGCUGACAGGAACACAUUCUGAAGUUGCAUCAUAUGAGUUCACUACACUUACUUGCAUCCCUGGUAUUAUACACUACAACGAUACCAAAAUUCAAUUGCUUGAUCUUCCGGGGAUCAUUGAAGGUGCAUCUGAAGGCAAGGGGCGUGGUAGGCAGAGCGAAGGCCAUCGACAAAUUUUAACAAGGGAGCUGGAAGCUGUGGGACUGCGAUUAAAUAAACGACCACCGCAGAUAUACUUCAAGAAGAAAAAGACGGGGGGGAUUUCUUUUAACAGCACUAUGCAGCUGACACAUGUUGAUGAGAAGCUCUGCUAUCAAAUCCUUCACGAAUACAAGAUUCACAAUGCUGAGGUUUUAUUUCGUGAAGAUGCUACAGUGGACGACUUUAUUGAUGUUAUUGAGGGAAAUCGUAAAUACAUGAAGUGUAUAUAUGUCUACAACAAGAUAGAUGUUGUCGGUAUUGAUGAUGUGGACAGAUUAUCCCGACAGCCAAACUCCAUUGUCAUCAGCUGCAACUUGAAGGCUUGUCCGCUAAAUACAGUUGGCAUGGACAAUGUGCAGUACAUAUCCAAAGGGAAAUUGAGGACGGUGGGACGUGAAUCCAUGGGCAUAUGUGACUGCCCUGUUGCUUGUGUUGGAAUACAGUCAAGCUAUUCCUCACCUGCUACUAUGCUUUUCAGGAAUCUUCUAACCCAUUGCCUUGUCUAUAUAACUAAAAUAUUGCUAUUGAAUUUGCUACAGCUGAAUCUGGACAGACUACUUGCGAGAAUGUGGGAAGCUAUGGGUCUUGUCAGAGUUUAUACAAAGCCUCAAGGCCAGCAACCAGAUUUCGCAGAACCUGUGGUUCUCUCUGCUGAUAGAGGUGGCUGUACUGUAGAAGAUUUCUGUAAUCACAUACAUAGGAGCCUUGUUAAGGAUGUGAGGUAUGUCUUGGUUUGGGGCACGAGUGCAAAGCACUACCCUCAGCAUUGUGGUCUCAGUCAUCUGCUUCAGGAUGAAGACGUGGUUCAGAUUGUCAAGAAAAAGGAGAAGGAUGAUGGUGGAGGCAGAGGCCGAUUCAAAUCACAUUCUAAUGCUCCUGCUCGGAUAUCUGACCGAGAAAAGAAGGCUCGACUGAAGACAUAGUUUAAUUAGAGGGUCAAGAUUUUUUAUGUAUGUGAUAAUUGUUGGGGCAUCAAUUUUCGAUCGGAGAGUAUAUUGAAGGAAAGUAAUUACGAUACUAGAGAAUAGUUGAGAGGUUUCUUCAACUCUAUGGUGUGAAACUACUCAAUAUUACGAUGUAAAUGCUAGUGUAUAAAAAAUAUGGACAUAUGUGUCA